UCCCCGCCGCAGUAUAAAGGGCUGCAGCGCUUCUCAGCCUGCCGCAGUGCCCCUGAUUUCAUCAGAGGAAAGAUGAGCUACACUUUGGAUACCCUGUACGGCACCACCGCCUACCGCAAGGUGCUCGGCGACCCGCAGCGCAAUGCCUCCAGGUCGUCCGGCUCCCUGACCUCCAGUGGCUUCCACUCGCAGUCCUGGUCCCGGGGAUCCUCCGCUUCCUCCUACCGCCGCGGAGGCUACAGCCAGCUCUCCUCCGCGGACAGCCUGGAGUCCUUCAACGGAGACAUGAGGUCCCGCAACGAGAAAGAAAUGCUGCAGCUGCUCAACGACCGCUUUGCCGGCUACAUCGACAAAGUGCGGCAGCUGGAGCUCCAGAACAAAAACCUGGAAGCCGAGGCGGCGGCGCUGCGCCAGAGCCAGGCUGGCAGAUCGGCCAUCGGGGAGCUGUACGAGCGCGAAAUCACCGACCUGAGGAGCGUGGUGGUGCAGCUGAGCAGCGAGAAAGCCCAGGUGCAGCUAGAGCAGGAGCACAUCGAGGAGGACAUCCAGCACCUCAAGCAGCGGCUGGACGACGAGACCCGGACGCGGGAUGAGCUAGAGGCAGCUAUCCGGGCCAUGUCCAAAUACAUCGAGGAGUCCGGUCUGGCCCGCCUGGAGCUGGACAAGAAGCUGCAGUCGCUGCAGGAGGAGGCGGCUUUCCUCAAGAAGAACCACGAGGAGGAGGUGGGGGACCUCCUGUCGCAGAUCCAGGGCUCGCAGGUGACGCUGGAGGUCAGGGACGCGCUCAAGGCGGACGUGACCAGCGCCCUGCGGGAGAUCCGCAGCCAGCUGGACGGACAUACCUCCAAAAGCGCGCAGCAGGCGGAGGAGUGGUUCAAAGUGCGAAUGGAAAAGCUGUCGGAGGCUGCGCGCUUCAACAACGACGCCAUCCGCAGCGCCCAGGAUGAGAUCGCCGAGUACCGCCGCCAGCUACAGUCUCGUACCACAGAGCUGGAGACCCUGAAGGGCACCAAGGAGUCUCUGGAGAGGCAGCGCUGUGACAUCGAAGACCGCCAUCACAGUGACGUUGUGUCCCUGCAGGAGACCAUCCAUCAGCUGGACAAUGAGUUGAAAAGCACUAAGUGGGAGAUGGCCACUCAGCUGAGGGACUACCAAGACUUGCUCAAUGUCAAGAUGGCCCUGGACAUUGAGAUUGCUGCGUACAGAAAACUGCUGGAAGGAGAGGAGACCAGAUUCACCUCUGGCCUGGGCCCUUACUCAUACAUCGAUACGACCACUAAGAUCUCCACUCACGUCAAGGUCAAGAAAGAGGACAAAACCAAAGUGGCAGAGAAAUCGGACACAGUCAUUGUGGAGGAGCAGACAGAUGAGACCCAGGUGACAGAGGAGGUGACAGAAGAUGGGGAAGAGGGAGAGAAAGAGGGAGCGGAGGAGGAGGGAAAAGCAGAGGAAGAGGCUGAGGAAGAAGGAGAGGAGGCAGAAGGAGAAGCAGCAGAAGAAAAAGAAGAGGAUGUCAAAUCUGCUGGAGGAGAAGAAGAGGAGGACUCUAAGUCACCUGCUGGAGAAAAAGCUGAAUCACCAGAGCCCAAAUCACCUGCGGAGAAAUCUCCUGAACUGAAAUCACCUGCCGAAAAAUCUCCCGAACCCAAAUCACCUGUCGAGAAAUCUCCUGAACUGAAAUCACCUGCCGAGAAAUCUCCCGAACCCAAAUCACCUGCCGAGAAAUCUCCCGAACCCAAAUCACCUGUCGAGAAAUCUCCUGAACCCAAAUCACCUGCCGAGAAAUCUCCCGAACCCAAAUCACCUGCCGAGAAAUCUCCCGAACCCAAAUCACCUGUUGAGAAAUCUCCUGAACCGAAAUCACCUGCCGGGAAAUCUCCCGAGCCCAAAUCACCUGUUGAGAAAUCUCCUGAACCCAAAUCACCUGCUGUAAAAUCACCAGAGCCAAAAUCACCGGCAGAUGACAAGGCCAAGACCCCUGCUGUUAAGUCACUUGCACCAAAACCCCCUGUAGAAGAUGAAUCCAAGAAAUCUCUGGAAUCCAAGUCUGCAGCAGUAAAGUCACCACAGCCAAAAUCUCCCACUGAGGAUAAAGCCAAAUCACCAGAGCCCAAAUCUCCAGCUGAGACACCAGCUGAGGGGAAACCAUCCACUGAGGAACAAGUCACAUCUCCUGCAGAGGAGAAAUCUAAAUCUCCUCGUCCUCAAUCACCUGUCCAGGAGAAAGCCAAGUCCCCAGCUGAGGAGAAGCCAAAACCUGCUGCUCCAAAGGCUCCUGAAGAGGAGAAGGCAAAGACCCCCCAGGAAGAGAAGCCCAAGGAAGAAGGACCCCAGCCUCCCAAAGAUGACAAGAAGAAGGAAGCUGAAAGCAAGGCAGAGGAGAAACCUGACAGCAAGAAAGAAGAAAAGCCAAAGGACAAGGAGGCAGUAAAGAAAGAAGAAGAAAAGGCACCUGCUCCUGAGGAAGGUAAGAAGGAGAGCAAGCCAGAAGAGCCUCCCAAGAAAGCGCAGGAACCCAAGACCCCUACCAAGCCCACUGAGGUGAAGCCUGAGGAGGCUAAGGAGAAACCCAAAGCCCAGGCUGAGGAGAAAGAGAAGGCCUCUCCUAAGGCUGAGCCCAAAGAAGCCCUUGCUCCUGCCAAGAAGGAAGAUACACCAGCUCCCAAGGAGACCAGGACCGAAGACAAACCCAAGAAGGAGGAGACGAAGCCGGAGCCCAAGAAGGAAGAGAAGAAACCGGAGCCCAAGGAGGAGCAGACGAAGCCAGAGCCCAAGAAGGAGGAGACGAAGCCGGAGCCCAAGAAGGAGGAAAAGAAAGAUGUUGAAGCCACUAAGCCAGCAAAGAAGGAGGCCGCAGACUCCAAGACCCAGAAAGCUGAGAAGUCUUCCAGCACCGACACAAAGGAGACCAAGACUACCGAGGAAAAAGACAAGAAGUAA